GAACUACCAGUGUUUAGAUUUAAAGCCGCCAUUUAAAUCUCAAAUAUCUGACAUGACAAGUUUGAAGAUGCCGUACUCUACUGAUGCCAUGGAGAUGCCCUUGAGAUGGCCAAGACGGAUGAUGUGGCAUGAUCUGGGUGGUCCCUUGAGCGAAGCGCCUGAAUUUCCCCGCUUUAGGUUGCUCCAGCAUCCUCUGGGAAUUGCUAAGGAUCUUAGGGGCGAAAGCAUCAUAAGAAUUCUUGUGGCCAAUAUGCUCUUCAUAACGCGUAGCUCUCGAUGAUAUCGGAUCAAAAUUGUUUAGUGCAGUUCAGAAAGAAAUGCGAUUUCCCGUAGCCCAGAUGCUGGGUAUGGGAGAACACAGAACUCAGUUACUUUACUUUAUGGCAUUGCUCCUUCGCCUUUCGGUCCUGCUUGCCCUCACUUUGAUGCAAUCUGCUGCAACUCCACCCAUCCUUGACGUUUCUUCUCUUAAUCGCGCCAGUUUCCCUGUGGGCUUCAUUUUCGGGACCGCAUCUUCCGCCUACCAGUACGAAGGCGCGGCAAAUGAAGAUGGUAAAGGACCUAGUAAUUGGGAUAUCUUCACCCAUAAAUUCACAGGAAAAAUAAAAGGAGGAAGCAAUGGAGACGUAGCUGAUGACUCAUACCAUCGGUAUAAGGAAGAUGUCAAGAUCAUGAAAGAUAUGAAUAUGGACGCUUAUAGAUUCUCCAUCUCUUGGUCAAGAAUACUGCCGAAAGGAAAGGCUGGAGGAGGUGUUAAUCAGGAAGGAAUUAAGUAUUACAACAACCUCAUCGACGAGCUAUUGGCUAAUGGCCUGAAACCCUUUGUAACCAUUUUCCAUUGGGAUGUUCCCCAAGCUUUAGAAGAAGAGUAUGGCGGCUUCUUAAGUCCUCACAUUGUAGAGGAUUUUAGGGACUAUGCCGAGCUUUGCUUCAAGGAAUUUGGCGAUAGGGUCAAGAGCUGGAUUACAUUGAAUGAACCAAGGAGUGUCAGCAAGAAUGGCUAUGCAAAUGGCAGGUUUGCACCUGGUCGGUGUUCUGCUUGGCUGAAGAUGAAUUGCACCGGUGGUGAUUCAGGGACAGAGCCCUAUUUGGUUUCCCACCAUCAACUUCUUGCUCAUGCAGCUGCUGUUCAAGCGUAUAAGAUCAAGUAUCAGGCUUCUCAAAAGGGUAUGAUAGGCAUAACCCUAAAUUCUGACUGGUUCGUACCAUUAUCCAACAGCAAAUCAGAUUCUGAUGCUGCUGACCGAGCUCUUGACUUCAUGUUUGGAUGGUAUAUGGAACCACUCACAAAAGGUGAAUACCCGAGAAGCAUGCAAUCUCUAGUAGGAAACCGGUUGCCAAAGUUCUCUGAAGAGCAAUCCAGGCUACUUAAAGGGUCAUUUGACUUCCUUGGCUUAAACUACUACUCAUCCUUUUAUGCUGCUGAUGCACCUCAACUACAUAAUCCCAGCAAACCAAGCCUACAGACUGAUUCUUUAGUUAAUGUUACAAAUAACCGUGAUGGGAAGCCCCUUGGACCAAUGGGUGCUUCAGACUGGUUAUGCAUUUAUCCAAGAGGAUUUCAAAAACUGCUGCUCUACAUUAAGAGAAAGUACAACAACCCCAUAAUCUACAUCACCGAAAACGGAUAUGACGAAUAUAAUGAUCCAACACUAUCACUUGAGGAAGCCCUUAUGGAUACUUAUAGAAUUGAUUAUUAUUAUCGUCAUCUCUAUUAUCUUCAAACUGCUAUUAGGGACGGUGUGAAUGUAAAGGGAUAUUUCGCGUGGUCAUUGUUGGAUAACAUGGAAUGGGAUUCAGGAUACACUGUACGAUUUGGAAUCAACUUCGUUGAUUACAAUGAUGACUUGAAAAGAUACCCUAAAUUGUCUGCUCACUGGUUCAAGAAUUUCCUGAAGAAAAACUAGUUAGAUUUAAUUGCGAUCUCUCCGCUGGAACAAAGAAGUGAUAAAUAUUUGCUUGGAAUAAAUAUUAGCAUUAGUCUAUUAUUUUGUUAUGUAAGGGGUGGCCAUUGUCCCCAUAACUUUGUAAUAUUCAAUUAGACGAAUGUUUGGGUUUCUCUUUAUUUUGGAA